UGGCCGACUGCGAAUACUGGAUGGCGAAAGUUAGCGAGAAGCGUUGGUAACAUCUGCUAACCUCCCAGUCUGCGCUGCAGGUAUUCGAUCCCUGUUGUACCCUUUAACUGCAUUUUUAUAUGUGGGUGCUUCCCACAUAUGAAUUGGAUGUUCGAGUUGAGGUUGUUCGUGCGUGAAGGCCUUACUAAACCGGCAGUAGCCCGCAGCAUUAGCCGCGCUAGCAGCCGAACCAGCGCCUGCUUUUGUUUUUGUCAGUGGGUAAUGUUAUGCGAUAGAGGGCUGACGUUGUGAAGCGUUUUUAGCCUUUCUUAUCACGAUUUUGUUUCUUACAAAUUAGCAUUUUUUCCUGAAGCGGACUUUAUAUCCGUUUAGUUAAACUCGGGGCUUUUUAUAUUGUGUUGCGGGUGGGGUCCACGACGUCUUGCAGCGUGUCUGGAGGCGCUCCACAUUAAAGGCCAACUUCGCAACAAAGCCAUACUAUUAAGUAAACGGGCGCAUAUCCGCUUUGAGGCGCUGGACUUUGCCUGUUUAUCGGCAUCACACCCAGGAAACAUGGAUUCAAAGCGGGCACAAGGCAAACCCCAAACAAGCGGCGGCAGCGGUGACUCGAGCUGCGGCAGCCCGGCGUCCCCCUCCAGCAGCCCCGCAACGAUGCCCGGGGGAAACGUGUUCGCUAACGACGGCAGCUUCAUGGAGAUGUUCAAGAAGAUGGAGGAAGAGAAGAGGAAAAAGGAGACGCAGCAAACAAGUGGAGAGGCGAGAGCCACAGAGCAAGGACAGACACCAGUGGAAAAGAAGCCCCCUCCCGUGACGAGCUUUGUGGGGAAACGCAGAGGCGGUGUGUUCCUAAAGACCGGCAUGGUUGCGAAGAAGCAGAAACACGACACAGAGGUCGAGCCAGGCAAGAGCGAUGCUUGGUCAAAGUACAUGGCUGAGGUCAAAAAGUACAAAGCCCACCAGUGUGGCGACGACGAUAAGACCAGGCCUUUGGUCAAGUAGGUUCCAAAAGGCAGACGUGAAGCGACAAUGUUUUGAGGGGAAAAACCAUCUGGGAGAAGCUCUGGGAGGGCCGGCCAAUCCUGACCUUCUCAUACUGCCAGUUCAAGUUACCUUUCACACGCAGUCUUUCACAAACUGCUUAGAUUGACAGACCGUUUUCCCUUUUUGUAUUGUUUUUGUCUUGCUUGUUAUUUGUUGGACUCUGCUAAUUUGAUCCGGUGUCAAAAGGUAUUUCAGGAACAUUCGUUCACAUUUGUCUGGGUUAAGUUGGGGUUCAUGAAUACUUGAAUUUGAUUUAAUAGUCAAAUCAAGGUGUCAAAUAAAUAUACACUGCCCAUU